AAACAUAAGAUACCUGUCUCGCCUGUAUUUUUGUGUGUAAAAGUGGGAUUUGCCACGAUGCCAAAACGCCCGGCCUCAAGACAGUCGGUUUCCAAGUUAACUCCAGACCCUGACCAAGCCCAAUGGGUCUUUAUUGUUAACGAUAAAGUUUUAGAGUUUAAUGGAGACAAUGAAAACAAACCAAUUAUUUGUCAAUUAAGGCACCCCAAAACAGAUGAAGGCUCAUACUACCUGUUUUCACCUGAUGGUAAAGAUAUAUAUGAGGUUAUAAAAUAUAAAGAAGAAUUUCGAUCUUGGUUAAUAGAUCAAACUGUACAACAAGAUGGUGGAAUUGUUAUAACAAGUCCUGUAGAUCCAGUCUUUUUAGUCUUACCAUAUCUCAUACAAAAAGAUAAGUGUUCUAAGUUUAUGACAUUAGAUCAGAUUGUGGUUGAUGAGAAAUUUUCAGAAUGUCGAAGGUUACAAGAGUGUCAAGGUUUAGAAGAAUUACAUCAAGUAGCUGAUAUAAAAGGUGAUGAUGAUUUCAAAGCUUAUAGAUAUAAUGAAGAGAAAACAAUGUCAUGGUUAAAAGCUAAAGUAGACAUUUUAACAGAUCAUAUCAUAAAAAAAGAACUUCAUGUUAAUACAUCACAGAGUUCUAAUUUUGUAAAAUCUAAAAAAGAAGAAAAUAUAGAAAGAGAUGUUUUUGUUAAGUAUUCUUAUGGUAUAAUAUCUGAUUAUCUCCCUUUAACUCUCAGUAAACAGUUACAUCAAUAUUUAGGAAUUCCAGAGGUAGAAGAAAAACCAAAGACCAGUAAUUCAACAGAAGAACCUCCAGCAAAGAGAGUCAAGCUAGAAGAAAUAAAGCCAUUAGAAGAUUAUUCUAAACAGAAUAAAGAUAAAAAGAAAACUACUCUAUCUAAGAAACUUUCUAAUGCUCAGAAAAAAUUAGAAAAAGUGGACAAAUCAGGAAUGAAAAGUUUAGCUAGCUUCUUCUCUCCUAAACCAAAAUCGUAGAACUGUUUGUUCGUUACUUAUUCCACUAGUGCAUUUAUGUCUUGGAUUUCUUUUGGGGCGUUUACCUUAACCCUUGAACCCGAGCAAGUUAUAUUAUUUGGAGUUCAGGGUAUAUAAUAUUUUAUUUCAUUUACAUAUUUACUACAGCGUUCAAAGGGUUAAAAAGAUAAGUUUGACCUGUAUAGAUACUUUUGUACAAGUUGAUUAACCUCAGCUGUUUCAUUUUGAUCACAAUUGUGUCAAGAAUUUAUUAUUUUAUAAAAUUUUAUAAUUAUUGAAAAUAUGUUCAUAUUAGCUUGAUAACACAUAAAAGCCUACAGUUUUGGUGUGAUUUGGAUGAAAUUUGGUAUGUAUGUGUAUAUUAGUGUGGUCUAGUAUUAUUACCUUUUCAUAAAUGAUUUGUUAGUUAUUACCCUUGUUACAAGAUAUACAUGUAAGUAAUAAACUAGAAUCCAGUAGUUUACACUGCCAUAAAAUUUUCUGCUGUGUUGGAGUAAGGCAUUUUGGUUUUGUAGUAAAAGUGACAUAUGUAAAUUGGUGGCAAAGGUUUGUCCCAAAUAGCACAUGGAACUCUAUCAUCAUUUGUUUUCAAUUAUUGUAUGUAUUUACAAUGAAGUGCAAUGUUGAAACUUAUAUUUUGUGCUUUGUGAAGAAAUGAUAAAUUUUAAGUAAUUG